AUGGGUAGUGGAGCAAGUGCUGAAGACAAGGAACUUGCUAAGAGGUCAAAGGAGUUGGAAAAGAAGCUUCAAGAAGAUGGAGAUAAAGAGGCAAAGACAGUUAAGCUACUUCUGUUAGGUGCUGGUGAGUCAGGGAAGAGUACAAUUGUCAAACAGAUGAAAAUUAUCCAUCAAGAUGGCUACACAGAAGAAGAAUGUCUGGAGUUCAAAGCAAUCAUAUAUAGCAACAUACUUCAAUCCAUCUUAUCAAUCAUCAGGGCCAUGACUACUCUAGGCAUAGAUUUUGCUGAUUCAGGCCGAGGGGAUGAGCAACGGCAGCUGUACAGUUUGGCCGAUUCGGUUGAAGAGGGUACCAUGCCCCCAGAAUUGGUGAAUUGUAUAAAGAAACUAUGGGCUGAUGGAGGAGUUCAAGCCUGCUUUGAGCGAGCAGCUGAAUAUCAGCUCAAUGAUUCUGCUGCAUACUAUCUUAAUCAGCUGGACAGGAUCACCGCUCCCAACUAUCUUCCCAAUGAACAGGAUGUAUUGCGAUCCCGAGUUAAGACCACAGGUAUCAUAGAGACAAAGUUCUCUGUCAAGGAUCUUAAUUUCAGAAUGUUUGAUGUAGGUGGGCAGAGAUCAGAGCGCAAAAAGUGGAUCCACUGCUUUGAAGGGGUGACCUGCAUCAUCUUUUGUGGCGCUCUUAGUGCGUAUGACAUGGUCUUGGUAGAAGACGAUGACAUGAACCGCAUGCAUGAAUCUUUGCAUCUCUUCAACAGUAUAUGUAAUCACAAGUUCUUUGCUGCCACUUCCAUAAUUCUUUUCUUGAACAAGAAGGACCUCUUUGAGGAAAAAAUCAAGAAAGUACAUCUCAGCAUUUGCUUCCCUGACUAUGAUGGCCCCAAUACAUUUGAAGAUGCAGGCAAUUACAUCAAGCUUCAGUUUCUUGAUCUAAACAUGAGAAAAGAUGCAAAAGAAAUUUAUAGUCACAUGACUUGUGCCACAGAUACACAGAACGUCAAAUUUGUAUUUGAUGCAGUAACAGAUGUAAUCAUCAAAGAGAACCUAAAGGACUGUGGUCUCUUCUAAGAUUACAGCUUUUUAAAAGAAAAGGAACGAGGGCUUCCUGUGAGCUUCACCAUUCUGCUAAGCAGAGGCAACAGAACCAACAGUCAUUCAGGAAUCUCUACUUCUCCACAGAAGAUAAACAAGAUAACAGUUAUCACCCAAGACAAACAAUUCUACCAAGAACAUCCCAUCAAAAAAGCUAAAGGAACAAAAAGUGAAGAGUCUCCAAUUUCUGAAUAAUUUUCUUUGAUAAGUUUCCUUUCUGAGGUACUCUACAAUCUGUGAAAAUGGAAAUUGUAACAUGGGCAACAGUGAAGACAAACUGGUUUACAAACAAUGAUUUUAUGUCAAACACUGAUUCUCCGCAUUUAACUAUUUAUAAAUAGGCCAUAAUUCUUUCACAGGAAAAACACAAUCAGUGCUUUGGAGUCUUAUUUAACAGAACUGUUUAUUUUAAAACCAAUGGUCUGAAUGUCCAAGUCCAAAAACUGUAUAUUGUAUAAAGAAAUGAGGCAUUUUUCAGAUUUAAAUCUAUUAAAAAUAGACCAAACACAAUCUAUUUGCAGUUGUCUGAAACUGGUGCGAUUAGAACCCAGUGUCUUUUUAAAAAAGGUUUCUAGUAUCUAAUUCAGGGAAUCUAGAAUAAGUGUCUUCCCCCAUACUC